GUGCCUUGAGCUCGUAGAAAUUAUCUGCCUGAGCCACAUUGAUUGAGAACAAAGGAUUCGUUCGUUGAUUCUUCUUUCAAUUCCUUGAUGCAUUUUGUCGUUUAAAACUUGCAUGAUAAUGUCCGUCGGCACCGAGUCAGGAUUCUCAAGUGAAGAGGUGUUAAACGUUCGUUUCCCUCUCCAUCGCGCGUGUAGGGAUGGAGAUGUCGGUGCGUUGUGCUCGCUCCUCCAGUGCGUUAGCAACCCGGCCGACCUGGCUGUAGAAGACUCGUUUUACGGCUGGACUCCCAUACACUGGGCGGCUCACUUUGGAAAGUUGGACUGUGUGAUGCGUCUUGUCCAGGUGGGCUGUGGCGUUAACUCUGUGACCUCCAGGUUUGCCCAGACGCCCACCCACAUUGCUGCGUUUGGUGGUCACCCUGAGUGCCUGCUGUGGCUGUUGCAAGUUGGCGCAGACAUCAACAGACAGGACUAUGUUGGUGAGACGCCUAUCCAUAAGGCAGCUCGUGCAGGCAGUGUCCCAUGUGUCCAGGCUCUACUGGUUCAAGGGGCCACAGCUGAUAUGAGAAAUGCCAGUGGGUUGACGGCCGCAGACCUGGCCCAUGCCCAGGGUUUCGGGGACUGUGCCGAGAUCCUUUCUAAUGCCCAGAACCUACAACUGAACCAGGCGCAGACCAACAGGUUCUGCUUGAAUGGUGGUGCCACUGGCCAAAACGGAGGCCCCUCCCUCCCAAUCAUCCAGGGUCGGAGCCUCCUUAAUGGGGCGCCUAAUCGAAAACGUUCAUUUGAUAGCAUGGAAGCCAAUCAAAUCAAGAAGGCGAGAACUGACGGUCUGGGCCUGCCACAGGGGGUACUGAAUGGAAACGGGUCGUCCUGCAGCACUGGGGCUGACCUGAUGGAGGGCAUGCAGGAGGAGUUGUCACCUGCGGAGGUCUGGUGUUCAGGUGGGCCAGGACCAUUUACAUUUGGGCUGAGUGGCUGGGAUCCUGCACUUAACCAAGGUCCGUUGGAUCAACCUGGUCAGAACCCGGGGGGUGAGGAGGUGGGGAACCAUGCCCCAAAGGAGCUGGAGAUCAUCACCGUGACGACCAUGCAGAUCCCCUGUCGCUGCACCAACUCCUAUGCCUACCUGUAGAGACCUGUGGCGUGUGUGUGCAUGCACAUGUGUGCGUGUAUUUGUGUGUUUGCUUACGCCGACUGCUUUUGUUUCCAUUUUCUUUUCCUCGGAUCGCACUGUUUUCCCUGGGCUGACAUGUUUGGCGUGUGUGACGUGUAUGAAGGGGACCGCGGACCAAUUGUUGUCCUCGAGGUUGAUUUGUAAUUACAUUUCGUGGCAGUGUCCCAUUUAUGUCACAAAGGUGUAGUCUGAUUCUGAAUCAUUCGCAAAAUUAUCGUACGAUCAUUAGAUCAUACCCAUGAGAUUACUGGGUUCAAACCUUUUAAUGAAUCUGAAAGGGUGAGUUUUGUUUUGCACACUUAUCCUGCUCCAGCCCUAGAUGCACAUAGUAACCAAAUGACUGUUGUGGGAUGAUCUGCAUUCCAUCAGCUCCGGGCUGUACACUGGGACAAUGUGCUGAGAUAAGCCUUGAUAGCUUUAGGGUGCAGUGAGACCAGUGACUAAUCAGAGCCUUCACUGGUGUUCCACAGUGCACCAUCUAAUACCUAUAGAUGGUAGAGAUGUCCAGUGAUUUCUGGAAAAUACUGGACUCACUGUCUGGUAAUUAUUUCAGUAUAGCCCGUCUCCUGAUUAGAUGGGGUGAGACCAUAAAAUGGUUUAUAAUUGAAAGUGACCGUGAAAUGUGCUUUCUCAGUAAGUUGGGAGUUAAAUGUGUAUUUUCUAUAUUAUGUUUUGUUUUUAGAGGAUCUGUUUUGAAAUGUUUAGCCUAGCCUUAGCCUACAUAAAAAAAUCUGUUGUAAUACUGUUUUUGUAUCUGUUUUUGUCAGAGAAUUUUUGCCAAAGCAUAUCUUUACGUAUUAAGUUCUGAAUGUAUUAAGUAUAGAUACCUGUGCAGCUUUUCUGUAUUAGCUUUUAGGUGAAUCUGGGGUGCUGCUUAGCUAGCCUGGGACGUUUGGUAUUUUGGUCCUAGGAAACUCUUAAGAUGUUAUGUUUAACUUGCUCUCGUUGUACUCACAAUAUAUGUUACCUCUUUUUAAAAUAUUUUUCAGCUCAUAGGGAUUUAUAGAUUUUAACAGGCAGAAUAAUAAUUGAUACAAAUUUGAUACAUACUCCUGAUGCUUACUAGUACUAGUUUUGUUUUAUGUAAUCUCAUUAAAUGUCCAAUCAUCUGAACAACA